GCUCGGCGGAGGUGCAGUGCGUGAGAGAGAGAAAGACAGACAAGUUGCCCUGUGAAGAAUGCCUUCUGCCUCCUUAAAACAGGACACUCGAGGGUCCACAGACAACCUCGAGCCCAUCCAAAAAGUGGCCACCCUCCUUGAGAAGAAGAUCCGCAACUUGGAGAAGCGUAGGACCAAACUGGAACAGUACCGAUUGGACAUCCGAGCUGGAAAGAAACUAAAUGAGGACCAGCAGCUUGCCAUACAGAACUAUGACAAUGUUCUUGCCAACCUGGACCUGAUGCGGGAGCUGAGUCAGCAAUGCUCCAACAUCGUCUCAGAACACAACAAAGUUUCCAAGAGACAAUUGAAAAGGGAACAGCAAGAACGGUUUCAGGAAGAAGUAAAUCGCGUGAAAGAAAUAUUAAAAAUUCAGGAAGUUUUGCAUCAAAUGGGACAGGAAGAGGCUCGCACAGACUUCUUGGCGGGGACCAAUGGUGCUGUACAGCUUGAGCCCGAGAACAUAAAUCAGCUUGAUGCUUUUUUCAAAUUGGUGACCCCAACCAGGUCGGAAGGCCAGCCUUUGCCUGAUUUCAAUGAUGAACUACGGAAAGCAGGAGAGCAUUUCCUCCAUCUGCUGGAAGGGAGGAAUAAGGAAGUCGCUAGCACCACAUACAAAGCCCUGCGUAACAUUGUGGAACAGAUUUCUGUCUGCUGCUAUCCUGAGAGAAAACCAACCACGACGGAAGAGGCUAUCAGCAAAGAGCCCGAGAAAGAAACAGUGGCUGAGGAAUACACAAAUGGCAUGGUUGGUGAGGAAACAGAGUUAAUUGCACCUGCUAUUGAGGAAGUGGUGAACAACAUCACUACAGAAGGUCCUCCUCCUGGCCUUGUACUCCCAACAGUCACCCCUCCCCCUCUCCCUGCGGCAAUUAACCAGGAGCCCAACCCAGUCACACCCACACAGGAGGCAAUUGUAGCAGCAAUGGCUCAGAUGACUACAGCAGCUGUUCCUGGUGCCCCACCUGCAGCUCCUGGCCUGCCACCUGCACCUCCCUCCUACUUCACGCAAGCUGCUCCUCAGCCACUACCACAACAACCCCCACAGCAAGCACCUCAGCAGGUCCCACAGCCAGCACCACAACAAGCACCCCAGCAGCCUCCACCCCAGCAAGCUGCCACACCCUUGCAACCUCCCCCACCACAGCUUCAGCAGAUCUCUCUCAGUGACCUCGUAUCUCCUGGGAGCUUUGACUUUUUGCAGGAAAGUCAGGUUGCUCAAGAACCUCCCACUGUGUACAUGGAUCCAGCUGUGGUGUCCAUUGGAAGUGUGAAACCUGACCCCCAAAGGACUAUGUCGCCAGUACAGCAGCAGCCACAGCCGCCCACUCCUAUGGUGGCUCCAGGCCAGGACCCAACGCAUCCCUCCAACAUUUCCACGCAAACAUACACCAAUCAGACUUACAAUAACAUUAAUGUAGCAGCGUACUCCCAAGGUGUGCCUGUCUACCCUAACAAUCCUGUUGUGGACAGUACACCCAACCCCCCGCCACCUAUUCCACUGCCUCCCCAGGCUCGUCCUCAGGAGAAGGUGGAAGUAGAGUUCAACCCAGAGGCUAGUCCAUGGACUGAACAACAGCCACCCACUCAGCAGUCUGGGCCAGUUGUUCAGCAGCAACAGCAGCAGCCAGAAGAAAACACCUGGGGAGUCCAAGAGGUCCCAGUCAAUGGUGAUGACAAGUGGGCUGGUGGAGAAACUGGGAACUGGGAAGAAUUUGAUGAAAAUCAGGUGAACCAGGCUCAGGCUCCCACCAAUGGACAUGGAGACUAUGAAAGAAGAGGUUACCGAGGAGGCAGGGGUAGAGGUUUUGGAACCAGGGGUGGAUUCCGGGGCGGUCGGGGCAACAGUGGCGGAGGCGGCUACCAGAAUGGCCGCGGAAACUAUGGAGGAGGCUAUGGUGGAGGUGGUUACAGAGGUGGAAGAGGAGGAAUGGGAGGAGGUCCUCGCGGUGGUCGUGGUGGCUUCAGAGGACAAGGACCCCGAGGAAACUUCAGAGGCCGUGGGGGUGGAUACCAAGGCCAGCGACCUCCCUACCAACAGCAGCAUCAACAGCAGUGAGGCAAAUUGGUGAUGAUUUAGCUGUGACUGUGAUGACAAGUGGGGCUACCAUGUGUACUAAAACGCUAGAGGUGUUGCACUACGUUGCACAACGUACUGACUUUGCACUGCCUGUGAUAAAGGGUAGUGCUUUAAUGUGUAAACAGUUAUUGGAGAGACAGUACAGGGCAUUCUUUACGGGACAAUGUAGUGUGAUGCAUCAAUUAAAGUGAAAAAUUUGCCAAAAAAGAGAAGGAAAACAAGAAAACCGUGAGUUCUUUGAACUCAUAAAAAAAAAAAAACUUCAUUUCACUCUAAACUAUUCCAUGACUUGUAAGGUUAUACAAAACAAUACAAAAAAAAAGUUUUUUUUCUAUAUAAUUUUUAUGGAAGCACAUUAUUCCUGGAGUGUGGGGGAGGGGUGGAGGGUGCCUGAAUGCUCCCCCCUCUUCCAGGUGGGUAUUUGAACCACUUCUUCACUCUUCCACUUUCAGACUGUCAAAGCUUCCAAUACAUUAUCAUUUACUGCA